UGAGCCCUUAAUCUAUUCUUUCUUUGUGCCUAAAUGCUGUUUGUUUGUGUCGAUAUCUUUACAAUGAACCGCCUUGGGUGUUUCAGGGGUGCGGCUCGUCCUCCAGUUCGGGAUUUUUAAAAUUUAAGUUUCUAAAAGUACUGAAAAAAGUACUGCCUGUGCUCGAACUGCCUGUGAUGAGCCGCGAACCGUUGAUAAGUGUUUGGUCAAUCACCAAUAAAGCUUAUAAAUGUCAAUCUAAAUGCCCUUGCAAUGCAAAUACAAUUAUUUACUACAAAUUAUUCUAAAUGUACAUAAAUAUAAAAAGUAGUACAAUUUGAAAGAAAGCUGACUCAUUUAGCUUAUCAAUAAUUAGUAAUAAUAAUACAAAGGACAAGCUUAUCCGACAUUAUUUAAAAUUCCUUAAAUGUUUUUAGUAUUAGAGUAUUUUUCCAGCAAGAGUUUAAAAUACAAUGAGGAAUUUAUAAAUGCAAACAAGGUACAAAAUAAUCAGAUGUCAAAUAUUUACAUAUAAUUAAUACAAUAUGACAACACAUUAAAAGUGAAACAAAAACUCUUCAAACAAAAACCAAAAAAAAAAAAAGAAAAAUAAAGAAAAAGGGCAUUACACUACAAGAUACAGCUGGGAACACAAUAUGGACGAGGAGGACAUUGAUUACCUGCCCCGGCCAAACACCAACAGCUUGAGCGUUCCGAAUGACCCUGCAAUGCUGGCCGUGUACGAACUUUACAAUCCUCCUCUACACGUUAAUCGGACAAUACUUUCCGAGCAUAAUCGGGAUACCUUCGCAGAGGUGUUAAAUAACCCCUCUCACCUGCCCACUUUGGCGGAACUGUGCGUCCGGGAGUUGGCUAGGAGUGGGGGCACCCACAUGGCCGUUGCUGCCGUGCGCGAGGAUCCGCUCAAGAUGCGCAUCCACUACGACUCGCUCGACGUGAAUCUGCCUCUGCGCGAGUGCUACUACGUGGAGGAUGAGAGCUACUGGAAGCGCGUAGUUUUGGCGAAGAGUUCGGACACUUGCCUCUCGCUGAAGAAAUUGCACGAAUAUGAAUGGCGCAGGAAGGGACUGAGCCUCAAAUACGUGGAGCUGGUGGAAGCCUGUCCGGCCGCCCUCUGGCCAGAGCAGGAGAUGACCGAGCUGGCCGAGUUGAUUCAAGAUCAAGUGCGCUCAAUGGACAUUCGGCACCUGCAGUCGUUGACAGAGUUUGCCUUCCGGCGAAAGGGAAACGACGACGACGACGACACGGAGCCGGAUAUCUCCUCUGAAGAGUCUGGAGGCAUGGAAAUCUCCAGCGAUGAGCCCAUGACCCCGGACGAUGGUGAGGAGGAGGGGGAGGAGGAGGAGGACGAGGGCGGAACCGAGACAUCUCACUCUUCAAAGAAAAGAGUAAUUGGAUUUUCCACAAAAUGGAAUGUCGAGAUCUCUGACGACGAAGACUCCUCCGGCAACGAGCGGCGAAAACGACGGCAGGAUCGAAACGCCGCCCGCCAGCGGCUGCGGGAUCUGAAGGCCACCAAGCAAGCGGAGCACGAGCAGCGCAAGCUUCGUCGGUUCGAGAAGCAGAGGCCCAAAGAUCCAGAGCCGCGUCGGAAAAGAAAGCGGAAGCAGCGCAUCGAAGGCGCGUUCGACAUCCGAGUUGAGCCGGAACCGGAUGAUCACGAGGACAAGGUGAUGGACAAGCGCAACAAGCUGAAGUAUCUGAAGCAGUUGCAGCAACAGAAAUAUCCGGAGGAUGAUUGUUGGCACAUUGAUCUAUCUUUUGUGCGCCACUUUGUCAACCUAGUCUCGCUGAACCUGGAAUUCCUGGGUCCGGCGUUGGGCCGUGAGUACCACAAGCGGCACGUGCUCUUCUCGGUCAAGGACAUGGUUCGCCUUUCCCGGGGCUUGGUGGCCCUGCAGCAGCUGCAGAUUUUCCGGCUGCGCAAUAGCCGGCUGAAUAGCUUCAAGCUGUAUCCGUUGUGCCGGGCGUUGCAUGUACUGCCCUUGCUGGAGGUGGUGGACUUUGGCUACGACCAGAUCACCGGCGACUGUGGCCCUGAGUUGGGAAUGCUACUGGAUCGGCCGUCCAUGCUCAAGACCCUCGAGCUCGAGUACAAUCGUCUGGACGUGCGGGCCAUGGCGGCCAUUGGGGAGGCACUGCAGCGACCGAGCCUUAAGAGGCUGGAGUAUCUGGGAUUGGCCCACAACAAGAUGAGCGGCAAUGCGCUGACCAUACUGUGCAACCGCAUCAAGGGCACCGAGCACGUUGAGGAGCUGAAUGUCUCCGGGAUCGAGGCAAAUCCUAGGAUAGUUGUGGACGAGAUUGGCGAUCUGCUGCGCCACCACGAUCCGCUGCGCCGUCUGAAAAUGGCGACCAUUCCAGUGGGCUCCAAGAUGGGCAUUAAUCUGAUAUGCGCGCUAAGCGGUAACAUGAAGAUCACCCACUUUGACUGCCGCGACUGUGACUUGGACGAGGACGAGGAGUUGGAUGCAGACCUGGUAGUCAGGCGGAACAUUUUCAUGAACGAAAACAGCUAUAUCUCGGAUACGGAUCGCUUUCCUACUACAGCAGAUGUGGUGGAGUUUGCCAAGACGCUGAAGCAUCCGAUGGUGCAGAAGAUCGAGGAGGACAUGGCGAAAAGGGAUGAAUGCUUCCAGCACUAUCCACCCCCGACGCCGAGUGUCCAUAGCAUGAUGCAUCAGUCGGUGGUGGCGGAGGAAUCUGACUACGACAUGUGGCAUGUGUUCGGAACCACCACUAAAAGGGUGACUAGGGACACAGCUUCACUCGGAGAGCUUGAUCAUAAAUCGAGUUCAGCGUCGGUACCAAACAAGGAGCCAUUUAGAUACGAACCCAACAACUUCGACCUGGAAGAGUUCCGGGAGCACGUGUAUCAGCCGGGACCGGCAAACAGGCACUCCUACCUCGUAAAACAAAGGAACUCGCUUAUAUAACCCACACGUGGACAUUAUUAGUUUAUCAAAAUCUUAAGUUACUAUAACUAUAUCUAACUAAUACAACUGCUGUCAGAAAACUAUGUCUUGAAAUCAUGUAAAAACUGUAGAUAAAAUGAAAAUAAGCUAGAAAUGAAAAA